UCUUCCUCUGGGAGAUCGCAAUCUUUUCCGAAUCUCCGAACUGUAGCUCGUAGUUUCCACUUUCCAUAGAUGUCUUCAAUUACCUGUACUAAGCUAACUUUAUUGACGAUAGUCGCCGUUACCAUCCAGUGUAUCGGCCUCUCCGUUUUCGUGUUCGGCUUCUUCCCUGUCAAGCCUGUUCUGUCUGGCUACAGUGGUGUCGAGAGCUUCCGACCGCCUACGUGCAAUGGCAUUGAGAAUGAGAGCGAGCCAUCUUUGCCUCCUGAUCGGCUUGAGUCGUUGUAUCGGGCAGUAUCUGAAAUCCCUCCUUCAUUUGACCGACUUGUCUUCAUGGUCAUUGAUGGUCUUCCAGCUGAAUUUGUGCUUGGCAAGAAUGGCCGGCCUCCAAGCAAGGCUUUUGUGGAAGCUAUGCCAUAUACUCAGUCGUUGUUAGCAACUGGUAAGGCAGUUGGGUAUCAUGCAAUUGCCGCAGCUCCAACUGUUACCAUGCCCCGUUUGAAGGCUAUGGUUUCUGGAGCCAUUGGGGGUUUUCUGGAUGUGGUUUUGAACUUCAACUCCCAGGCAUUCCUAGAGGACAAUGUUCUUGCCAAGUUCUUUAAGAUUGGGUGGAACAUGGUUAUGCUUGGUGAUGAUACAUGGCUGAAAUUAUUUCCUGGUUUAUUUGUGAGACACGAUGGUGUGAGCAGUUUCUUUGUUAAAGAUACUGUACAAGUAGAUCAAAAUGUGUCUCGACAUCUUGGGAAUGAACUUGGCCGGGAUGACUGGAAAUUAUUAAUUCUUCAUUAUCUAGGCUUGGAUCAUGUUGGGCAUAUUGGUGGACGCAACAGUGCUUUAAUGAUUCCGAAACUUUCUGAAAUGGAUGAAGUGGUGAAGUUGAUUCAUAUGAAUACUGUAAAAAAUAUAGAAAAUGGCAAAGGAAGGACUCUUCUGGUGGUGGUUAGUGACCAUGGCAUGACUGAGAAUGGUAAUCAUGGUGGUUCUUCACAUGAGGAAACUGAUUCCCUCGCUCUAUUUAUUGGCCUGAAAGACCAUGUCUAUGAUCAUGCAUUAUCCAAUUAUGCCCAAGUUUCACAGGUUGACAUUGCACCAACAUUAGCUCUGCUUUUUGGUGUACCAAUACCUAGAAACAGUAUCGGUGUCUUGAUCUCCAAAAUAUUUGAUUCUCUGACAGAUGAUAAAAAAUUGAGAGCGCUUCAGUUGAACUCUUGGCAAUUAUUUAGAUUACUUCAAGCGCAAUUGCCAGGCUUGUCUUGUAAAAAUUUCCCAUGUGAGGACUUCAUUACUGAUAGUGGAUCUGGAGUUAGUGAAUGUAAUGGUAGCAAGGAGGAGAUGUUUUGUUGCUUAUAUCUAAAUGCUGCUGCUCUUCAUGAUGCAUGGAAAACCAAAGUGAUAUCAAGGUUCAACAGCACAGACAGCAGCAGCGUUAUUGCUGCAUAUCAUGAGUUUCUUAAAAGAGCAAGUGAGUGGCUGUCACACAGAUCAACUGAUAAACCAAUUGGUCUACUUGUUUCUGGAAUCACUGCGAUUGCCAUGUCAUCCCUGAUGCUAUUGAGUCUUGUGAUUCUCAUACACAAAGAAGUUCCUCCUAGGGAAGAGAAGCACAGUCUUGUUUAUUUGAAGUCAUGGAAGAUGGAUGAGGCAUUUAUUUUGCUUGGCAUAAUAAUUAUGGUUAUAAGUAUGGGAUCGAGUUCUAUGAUCGAGGAAGAGCAUUAUGUUUGGCAUUUUCUUAACUCAUCAAUUAUUCUAAUAUUUAUCCGCAAGAGAUUACAGUCAUUUGAAUCUAAUAGCAAACAUGAAUAUCUCAAUUUGAUAAAAGGAGAAAUCAAAAGGUCAGGUGUUGAAAUGAGUUUGUUAUUCUUGAUUCUUUUUUGUGGAAGAAUUUUGAGAGGCUGGCAUCAAGGUGGUGUGAAUUGGACAAACCUUCCUGAUGUAUCUAAGUGGCUUGAACAGGAUGGAAGUCAGUAUAUAAAGUUGAUUCAGCUGACAUCAUGUGUCCUUAUUACCUGUUUAGGCCUUUUUGCCUUAUAUUUAAUGAGGUACAAGACUAAAGUUGUUCUGGUGGUUGGAUUCAGCUUCUUAAUGUUGGGCAUUUUGAUAUUUCAACAUGUUAUGAACCAUCAAGACACAUUUGCAUCAUCCAGUGAUGAUGCUACCCUAUCAAUACAAAUAAUCUAUGUUACCCUGGGAAUCACCACUUUUGCAGCUGUUGUGGCUUUGCCAUGGGUUAAGCCUAUGCAAAGUCCUGAUAUGUGCUCAAGAUGGAUCUCCAACAAGUUAACAAUGCUUCCUGUUGAAAUUCAGAAUGUGACUCCAAUUUUUGAAUUUAAAGAUGCUUUGUAUAUGAUUGGGUGUCUGUACGUGACGUUUUGGUGUCUCCUACAGCUGUUGCUGCAACAACCUAUUAAUGCGAUGCCUGUGUUGUUGCUUUUUGUUCAAGUAUUGGCCAGCAUGCUUACAUUUUCUUUCAGUGAAUUGCAUCGUGAGCAAUGGGUUGAGAUUAUGGCACUGUGCUAUCUGGGAUCAGCAGGUCAUUUUGCUCUUGGGAACAGCAAUACACUGGCUACCAUUGAUGUUGCUGGAGCUUUUAUUGGAAUAUCAAGUCACUCAACAUUUCUUUCGGGUCUUUUAAUGUUCAUCAUUACCUAUGCAUCCCCCAUGCUAUUCUAUGUCAGUAUGGUGCUGUACAUCUCUGUAAAGGACACCGUCUAUUCUCUUAUUUCCAAGGAUGGAAAUUCAGGAGAAGUUCUCAAGACUGUGCUUGGGUUGUCUUGCCUUGUUCCCCUGAGCAUGAAUUCUGUUUUGCUGACUGCAUACACGAUUGUGUUGCUGUUGAUGAGGAACCAUUUGUUUAUUUGGAGCGUCUUUUCUCCAAAGUAUGUUUACGUAUGUGUUGGUACUGCAAGCGUGUAUAUUGGGGUCUUCAUUGUAGCAGUGACUGUGAUUUAUACAUAUAUGGUUCUCUUGUGGCGUAAAAGAAGGAAGAGUUUUGCCUUCAGUAGCAAGCAGAACGGUACCCUGUCAGUUAAGUUGUGCAUAUCUGUGCUGCGCAGGCAAUCUGAAGAUGCUCAAGAAAAGGACCAUAGUGUAAGUUAGGAUGUGUAUUACUAUUUCCAAUACUUGAUAUAAGAGUUUAGAUAACUAAUUUAUAAGAAAACCAAUUAAGUUAA